GGAGCGGUCGCGGGUGCCGCCGCGGGGAGCGGAGCGAGCGCGGGGCGGCGGCGGCGGCGGCUCCUCCAUCAUGUCGUCGGGCGGGGACUUCGGGAACCCGCUGCGGAAAUUCAAGCUGGUGUUCCUGGGCGAGCAGAGCGUGGGGAAGACUUCCUUGAUCACCAGGUUCAUGUAUGACAGCUUUGACAACACCUACCAGGCAACAAUUGGCAUUGACUUCUUAUCCAAAACCAUGUACUUGGAGGAUCGAACAAUCAGGUUGCAGCUGUGGGAUACUGCGGGUCAGGAACGUUUCCGUAGCCUCAUUCCCAGUUACAUCCGUGACUCUGCUGCUGCUGUAGUAGUUUACGAUAUCACAAAUGUAAACUCCUUCCAGCAAACCACAAAGUGGAUCGAUGAUGUCAGAACGGAACGGGGCAGCGAUGUCAUCAUCAUGCUGGUGGGAAAUAAAACAGAUCUAGCAGAUAAGAGACAAGUGUCCAUUGAAGAAGGAGAAAGGAAAGCCAAAGAAUUGAAUGUAAUGUUCAUUGAAACUAGUGCAAAAGCAGGAUACAAUGUAAAACAGCUUUUCCGACGCGUGGCAGCUGCCUUGCCUGGGAUGGAAAGCACACAAGACAAAAGUAGAGAAGACAUGAUUGACAUAAAACUGGAAAAGCCUCAAGAGCAGCCUGUCAGUGAAGGGGGCUGUUCCUGCAAUACCAUGUGGCUUCCACCUUUCUCCAGAACAUCACUGCUUUCCCUCCCUGUCCUCUUCAUUGACUGCAGUGUGAAUAUUGGCUUGAACCUUCCCCUUUCCGUAAUAACGUAUCGCAGUUCAUCAUCGCUGGCUGUCUCGUGGAGAUGAUCUUUAGCUUCACAAGCACACCCCACACACACACACACACCAACACCAACAAAAUGUCAGUGUCUUCAUUAUUUAUAAGAAAAAAAAAAAGCCAAAAUAUUCCACCGUAUUCUAGGUAUAACUUUAAAAAAAAACAAAAGCAAAAAAAAAAAAAUCCAAACAAAAAAAAUAGGUACAAUUUCUUAAUAUUUGUUCCUUUUUUAAUAUGUUAUGAUAUUGCACUUUGAAAUGAUGGCAACUGAGUAAGUUUGGAAUUGGACCUAGACGAGAUGUAUGUGCAGAAGAAGGCUUGCAAAUCUGACCCAUUGGAUUUCUCUCAGAAACUGGGAAUGCGUAGACAGCAGGCGGAAUCAGGGGGGGAGGCGGCAGAUGCCGAGGGUUGAAGGCUUAUCCUUGAUAAUUAAACACAAAUUAACCCCAAGCUCUUAAUUGCGUUGAGCAGAGCGAGCCUGCCUGGUGUCCAGACCCAGCCUGGCCUUAGCAGGGGUUUGACACUCCGGCUGCUGGAGCUGGGAAUUCUGGCCCAGGCAGGGGGGACACAUUGCCAAGGAAGCAUUACUGGGAAACACGGACGGGCUCUUUGGGAUGAGUGGCUUCUGGAGGAUUUGGGGGGGAAGGAAAGGGUGGAUGUGCAUUAGCAAAACACUUGCAGGAAACAGGGAAAUAAUGAGUGCAAAAUGAGUUUUCAGAACCUUUUUUUUUUUUUUACUUUUUAAGUAGAACAUCAAUGAAGUGAAUUAUUACUGCCUGAGAGAUGGGACCGUAACGGUUCAGCUGUUUGGAGGAGAAAGCAUUUUUCUUCUUUGUUUUGUUAGGGGAAAUACUGAAAUCAGGACUGGCACUAAAAGCUGCCAAAGCCGAUUGAAACCUUGGAAAUUUGGGAGAAAGAGGGAAGAGCAGCUGGCUGCCCCAGCAGAGGGGAAUGCACCACUUUUCCAGAGCGUGGGCGUAGGUCGGUGGGGAAGGGGUGUUUACUUUGAUCUUACAGAAUCUUAGUUGAGACAUCUUAGAUGGAAAGGGAGGGACUUGAGUAGGAUGGAAACCAACUUCUGAUUAUGCAGAUUUAUGCCUUUAUUUUUUAGCUUUUUUUUUUUUUUAUGUUCAGUCUUCCAAGUUGGUUUAGUUUGGUUCUCUAGAGCUGUAUAGUUUGGUUAAAUAAUUAGUAAUUUAGUUUUCUAUGGAAUUAGGCUCACAAUUAACCUUUUUUCUUUGAUAUUUAUUUCUCGGCUUUAAUUUUUUUACUCUUUUCAAUGCUGAUUUUGUUGUUUUCCUUUGGCUGAGGAAUCUGUGUAGAGCUUUGCUGAUGUUGCGAGAUGUAGCUACCCAAGAAACACGGAAUGGAACACACUAGAAGUGCACCCUUUUAAUCUUUACUAGUCAUUGUGAAGUUGCUGUGUAAGUUAAUAAACACAAUUGUAAAUACAUUGUUUGCUGGGCGACUCUGGCCGAGUUACAGUGCAGGAAGGAAUUCUCGAGUCUGUGUUGCGAUUGCGAAUUAAAUGGACAAUUGCAAGGGAAUAUUCAGGCUCCUCCUUGGUUCUCUUCUGCCCCUCCCUCUACCAUCUAAAAUAACCACCUGGGGGAGAGGAAGGGAAUCGUCCUCACCACCACUUUCCCCAGGAAGCGGGCAUAAAAGAGUUGGAAUUCUUCAUUCCUGAGGUGAAUGCCAGGCUCGUGCCCUGCCCUGGGUUUCUAGCAGCUCUGCACAACAAUAACUUAAAGGCAGAACGAGAUGUAAAAGUGCUUU